AUGGAGGCCCUGGUCAAGAUGUUCUCUCUGGCCGGCAAAACAGCCGUGGUCACUGGGGGCACAAGGGGUAUUGGUGCCGCCAUGGCUAUUGCGCUGGCAGAAGCUGGUGCAGAUAUCAUCCUCAUUCAGAGAGACGAAAGCAACAAGAAGACAUACACCCAGAUCCAAGAAUUGGGACGGAAAGCCACAAUUGUCACAGCAGAUCUUUCAGAUCAAUCGUCGGUUGAGAAUGUCAUUCCGAAGCUCGUCAAAGCCGGCCACGACAUGCAUAUUCUGUUGACUAGCGCAGGCAUUCAGAAGAGACAUCCAGCACACCAAUUCCCACUGGAAGACUGGAACUCGGUAUUACAAGUCAACCUAACCACGGUAUUCACGCUAUGUCGCGACUUUGGUGCCUAUCUCUUAUCAAAACCUCCGCCAGCCUCAGGAUCACGAGGAAGUAUUAUCAACGUUGCUUCUCUUCUCACGUUCCAGGGCGGAAUCACGGUUCCAGCAUAUGCGGCGUCAAAGGGUGGUGUGGCACAAUUGACCAAGGCACUAAGUAACGAGUGGUCCAGCAAGGGUAUUCAGGUCAACGCAAUUGCGCCUGGCUACAUCGAUACGGACAUGAAUGAGGCGUUGAUCGCGAAUGAGACGAGGGCGAGGCAAAUUCUAGAGAGAAUUCCCGCAGGCCGAUGGGGCAAGCCAGAAGAUUUCAAGGGCGCAGUCGUGUAUCUCGCAAGCAAAGCGAGCGCCUACGUCAGUGGAGAGGUGUUGACAGUUGACGGAGGAUGGAUGGGCCGGUGA